AUAACAACCCUGCUUGUUUCUCUUCGACCAUGACUUCCGACGAGGACGUUUUGGAAGUGAUUGCCGAGAACGGCGACAUCGUGCGCGUGAAGCGAAAACUAUUGAUGAUCAGCCCGGUCUUCAGAGACGCUUUCGAAAUGGACUCGUUAUCGAAGAAUGCCCAGACAUCCGAGGUAUCCAAGUCCGCCGAUGGCAGAAUCAAAAUCGAAGGAAGCACAGCUGCUAUCCGAUGGCUUUUUGGACUCCUUGAUGGCUCAAGUCCGGGGGAUCUUGGGGUUCCAACCGAUGAAAUCACAAGCACGCCACCUAUCACACCAUGCAUGGACGCUAUGAGUUUAGCGGACAAGUUCGACAUUCCGUGCUUCAGAAACCUUAUGACAGAAGCAGUCUUGCGGCUCACCGAAUAUGGCACAUAUCAAGCGUUAACGGCAUACUCGUUGGCUUACAAUCUUGGUGAUCAGACACUGGCGAGAUUGGCAGUGUCAAAAAUUACCGAUUUCUGUCCACCCCAUAAAUGGCGGCUGGAUAUCGUCGAAGCGAUCGGGCUCAGGCCGUGGUGGAGUCUGAUCGAUGCUUACAACGACUUGGGCGACUCGGCAAAGGACGACGAGUGGAUGAAGCAGGUCGCGAAGAAACUUGACAUCAAACCAUACUACGCUCUUCCUGAGGCUUCUAAUCCCCCUGCCAGUCACGCCCUACAUGACAUAACAUCGGUACCUUAUGUGAAAGAGGUUUGCCUGUAUCAGCGCGAGUUGAAGCUCUAG